AUGGUUGCACUUGGUGCUUUUCCUGCAGCCAAACUUGGCGCUUUACUAUUGCGUCAAGUAAGUAAGCCAAUAGCAAAUUUUGUUAAAGAACGUGCAAAACAAUCUCCUGUGUUUCGAUCUUAUGUAUGCAUGCCUCCUGCUCAAUUGUACAAUUGGUGUGAAGUUAAAAUGAAAAUGUAUUUCAUGAAUCUUGGUACUGCUGGUAAAGUCAAACCUUUAAGUGAAACCAUGGCAAUUGAACUUGGAUCAAAUCUUCUUGGUGAAGGUAUUAUAUUUGUGGUCGCUGCUGCUUUAUUAUUACUAGAAUAUAAUAGACAAUUACGAAAAGAGCAACUUAAAGAAGAAACACGCUUGCAAGAACAAGAGGAUUUAAAUAACACUAUUAGGGACUUGAGUUUAAUGACUGAACAACAUAGCGCUGAAUUAAGACGCUUAACAUACCUUGUUGAUGACUUGAUAUCAAAAGUAAAUAGUAAAUCAUACUCUGAGCCAAGCAGUCCUUCAGAAACACUAAAAGAUAGCAUUAACAAAUUGGGCAAUAAAAAUCAAGAAUUUGAUUCAAUGUCAUCAAUUUCUAAUGAAGUUAAUGAUAGCAUAAUAAUUAAAAGUUUAAAAAGGCUUAUUCAAACUGCGCAACAUUGUUAA